UGAUUAAAGUAACACUGCUUGGGCGGAUUGGUUUGUAAAACGAAUGAUUUCACCCCAUAAUGGAUUUUACAAGAAUGAACGAAGUUCCAAGUGAUAAAUUGGUACAAGCGCUGCGUAUACUGAACAAUCAGCUGGCACAGGCAAACACUCAAGCUAAAAGGGACCUGACUUUAUCAGAGCAGAGGUAUGUCGAAGCCAACAACACUAUGCUGCUUGUGAGGCAAGAAAAUGCAUUACUACGAGACAUGGUGCGCAAGCUAAAGGACCAGUUGCGCAUUAUAACGGAUGUGAUGAUCUCUGUUCAAGACCAGAGUGUGAAGAUGUUUGAUAAGAUCAAUCGGCCGCAUGCGUUAGCCGAAGAGUACGAGCGGAACCGGGAACCACGCGCCAGUCAGGUGUACGAACGAUUGAGAAGUGAAAAUCCACCGUACGUGCACGAGGCGGUGAUACAUGAGGAAGAGGAAGAAGUGGAUGAAAGUUGUGUCAGAAACUGCAGCCUGGAGGAAUCGCUGACGCCGCUAGCAUCGAAAGAACAUGGGGCUUCAGGUUGCGGCUCACUAUUGCCGGCUAGUCCUUUGGUGCAGCGAUUGAAACGUCCAUCGAAAAACGACAGUUUCGAUGAAUCAUUUGAAACGAUUGAAAGGGAGCGCGUGUUCAAAUCGUCCCGUAUCAGUGGAGAUAGACGACAGAUCUACGGCGUAUUGAAGGAAGAACCGGAUAGAAUUCGAGAGUUGGGAAGUGAUGUGAUGGAGGCUGAUCGUCCGAGCACUAUUACACCGAUCGCACAUAUUCUUCCAGCAGACGAAAGCAGCGAUAUGGAAAUAGAAGAUGAUAUAAGGGAUACAUUGAAAAACAUGUCCCGGAUUAGUAUAGACGCGGAAGAGUUGCAACCUGAACACAACGAACACUUGCGCUACCAAUUGUGUAGCAAUGGAGAGCGAGGCGUUUUAAAGAAGACUGCAAGCGAAUCGAUGCUUUCAACGCUCUAUCGACCCGUCGUCCCCGACCGUGACUGUAAAAGUGGCGACAGUAGUUUUGAGGACACCUCCGUGUUCCUUCCGGAAGACACUAUCAGCAAUGCAAGUUGCAGCACGCCCGUAACCAAGGGAACCAGGCUGCCAGUACCUUCCUCUAUCAGUACAAGACAGCUGAGAGUAACACAGAAGAUGAAGAGUGACACAGCGCUAAACAAACAACUGGAGCCUGUGGUGGUGCUGCGUCCCCUGACGGAGCAGAAUGUUCUAUCGUUCACACGGGCAGCGCAUCGUGGGCCCACCGGACAAAUGGAUAAGAAUCCGAACGACAAUUACCCCGGUAGUUCGAACUUUGAUGGUACUACCCUCGAACCAUGUUCAUCGACAGAGAAUCUAUCGGUAGCCUCGAACGAGUCUGGUCGUCCGCGCAGAAAGGCGGCACCUAAAACUUUGAAGGAGCCUAACUUGAUAUAUAAAAUGCGUAGAAAAAAAUGAUAUUUUAAAUGCCGACUACUGAGGUAGAAAGUUCCUGAAAUGGAUUUUUACAAUUAAUAAUUAAAUUUAAACUUAUAUGUUGACACCUAAACAACUAAUUUUUAUAAAAUUGAUUAAUAGCGCUUUGAUUUGCAAGCUGAUUACACCUAGACUUGACAUAAGAAAUAGAUAGAAAUGAACAGAUAAAAGGAGUAUAUUUGGUCAGUAAAUACCACACAUUUUGUUUAAAUUUAUUAAUCAGUUUAUUUAUUUUCAAUCUUCAUUUCGUCAGUCGGAAAACAUAUCUUUUAGCGUAAAACAUAUCUUUUUUCUUUUUUAACAUUUAAUCGAUAAAAAAAGAAAAUUUGAAUAAUUCCCUGCACUGAUCCAACCAAAGUAAAUUCGCUUAUCUGUGGCGCUCGUAAGAUUACAUAUGAAAAAAAAAAUCUAAACCCAAACGAGUUUUGUUCGAGCAUUACCCACUGUAUGAGCAUGUUACACGGUCAGGGUACUGUUUCCUUUUGUGUAAUUCAAUCGAUUAUAUUAUUUCAAAUCACAAAUACGUAGACGUUUUCAGUUGCAUGAUCCAACAUUUAAAUUCACAAUUGUAAAAAUGACACACAAACAACGUAGUUUAAAUGGUUUCCCUCUACGUUGGACAUACGGUUUAGAAUAUUUCAUUCGCCUGUUGGCAUAUCUUCGAAAAGCGAUGAAUGCCGUCACAUGCACGAUAAUUAUUUAUUAAUCAUACAUAUUGGUUUAAGAGUUCGAUUUCUAAAAUAUAAGUUUGACUUUUUUAUAACAAAUAAACAACCGAUUGAUAGUUUGAUAUUUUAAAGCAAAUUUCGCUUCGCUAACGGGUUUUGUUUCUCAAGGAAUUAACUUGCAAUAAUGUGUCGAUGUAAC